UGGGUUGUAUUCCGAGAGUGGGGCACCAGCCACAUAAAGGUCCAUCUCUCCAGUGGAACUUGUGUUUAUAGUGCAAACGCAGAGAUCGGCAGCAGCAACCUCCAUAAAGAUGCAAUCUUUGACCUGGUGUUUGGUAUUGGCGGGAUGCCUCGCUUUUGCUCAGGCUCAUACGUAUCACAUGGGUGCUUGUCCCAUUGUGCAACCUAUGCAGGACUUCCGGAUGAACCAAUUCCUGGGCCUGUGGUAUGUUAUCCAAAAAACGUCGACGGGUAGCAAGUGCAUUACUUACAAUUACACGCGAGGAGAGGAACCGGGCGAGUACGUGAUAACGCAGGAUUCGGACCAUCUAAUCUUAGGUCUUACGCCAUUGAAGCACGAGUAUCAUUAUACUGGCCAACUGAGUGUACCUGAACCAAGUACUCCAGGACGUAUGGAGGUCCGUUUUCCUCUCAAUGUGGCCGGAAGCGCAUCCCAUGUGAUAUUCAUGACGGAUUACGACAGCUACGCCGGCAUAUUCACGUGUCAGAAGCUGGCGUUCGCCCAUCGGCAGAGCGCGACGAUUCUCUCGAGGACCAGAACGCUGGAUCAGACGCAGGUGGAUAAGAUACGUCAGCGGUUGAGCCAGUACGGCGUCGAUCCGUUCGAUUUGAGCAUCAUCUCGCAGUCCGGCUGCCCGCAAGGCAACAAUACUCUGGACAUCAACAUCGACCCUAACACCUUCACUUCUGAGAACUUCGGCAACGUGGUGCGCAAAGCGGGCGAGAAGAUCGGCGACGGCGUCCAGUGGAUCUCACAGGCCGGAAGCAAGGUCUAUCACAAGAUAGCCGGGACAGAAGAGACGGCGUCAACGACAGAGCGAAACAACCACUCUACGAUAAGGAACGGCGAAAGAUUGGAGACCAACGAGGUGGAGUGGAUUCCAUAAAAAUCCAAGCGAAUUCGUCUCUUUAUAUUAUUCGCGAUCUCGAUAAGAUCUGAUGUCUUUAUUACUCGUUCGAUAGAUCUAUUAAUCCUCCAUUGACCUCGUUCAUCAAACGAACGUUAGUGUCCUCGUGUUAGUCCUGCGCCGCUUGUAUGUUUGUCACUGUAUUAGUACGAUAUUGUUCAGAUCAAGAGCCACUAUUUCUAACAUCUGUUAAACUCUGACCGAGCGUUAACUUUUCAUAAGUAAUUGCUCUUGACAUUAGCGCAUAGAUAUAUCACACGUUAGCACUUUCAAAGUCUAAUCAAACUUAUAUUAACGAAAUUUUGGAAAAUAAUCAUACAAAUAUAAUCUAAAAGGUUGUGAAUAAAAAGUCAAAAAGUUUCAGAGUCAAUUUUUAUGCUACAUCUAUGUAAUUUAAGAAAUAAGAUGUGAUGUUAGCGCUCGUUCAACACGAGGGCAAUGGAGAGUUAAGGUCAUUCUAAUGCAUGUUUGAUUUUCUAUCAUUUUACUUGACGACGUAUAACAAAUUUGAACUUAAAUAAAAUUGCGAAAGAAAUUGA